AUGUCUUGCACUAUGCCCGCAGUAGCGGUUGAGUCGCCCUCAGCUGGUUGCCGGGAUUCGAGUCCGUCCAGUGAAGAUGAGCGCAGGCCGCUGCGCUACAGGGGCCGGCGGCAUUCCUAUAAUACAUCGAGACGGCGACAGUCAAGCAUCUGUAGUGCUGAUGCUGUCUUCGUGCGGGUUGACCUUUUUCUGACCGAGCUCAAAAGCAGAUUGGACCGGUUGGAGAGAUAUCGGCAAGACAGUCUGCUUCAUUUUGACGCCCAACUCGAAAGUGCAUACCAGGCACUAAGAGAUGUGAGGGACUCGUGUUCACCAUACCAUUCGGGAGAGCUUCUAUGGGGGGCAGCGCGACACCGUGCUUCCCUGCUUGUUGAGACAUUGGAAACCCAAUACAACGAUGUCAUGCCGACUCGAGAAACGCUGGAACAGAGGGCUCAAGAGGGCAUGCGAUUGAUGGAGACAUACCUCUCGGAGCUGGAGUCUCGCGCACAUGCACGCAAGAAACAGCUCAUCGACUCCGGUUGGAGAAAAGUCGACGACUCCCUGAACGCGACUAGGGAGAUAUUUGAGGAAGGCAUUGACAAGGCUCUUCGUGCUCGAGACCUACUUUCUGAUUCGAUUACUCAUGCUUUGAGCCGCGCUGCGGAGACAAGGCUGAUACAUUACGACGACCUGCCAAUUCCCUGGAGGAACAACCCCCACAUUCUCCGUGGUUAUCGGUUUAACAGGACAAAGCUCGAGUGCAUCACAUCAGCUUUCCAGCCAUCAAAUGAGACCGUGAAUAUCUGGUCUCACGGCAUAGGCUUGAUCGUUGUCCUCGCCGUGGCCUUCUACUACUAUCCCUCGUCGUCAACAUUUCCCAUGUCCAGCAAAUGGGAUGUUUUUGUGGCCGCCUGCUUUUUCGCCGCAGCAUGUAAAUGCUUGAUCUGCUCAACAAUGUGGCAUACUAUGAACAGCAUCGCAGAUAAAUGCUUACUUGACCGGUUCGCUUGUGUCGACUAUACUGGAAUCUCAUUUCUGGUGGCGGCCAGUAUACUGAGCACCGAGUGGACGGCAUUCUAUUGCGAACCCAUCUCACGGACGAUCUACAUGACCAUGACAACCAUUCUUGGAAUAGCCGGGGUGAUCCUACCCUGGCGAGAGAGCUUUAACCGCGCCGAUAUGGCAUGGGCUCGAGUGGCCUUCUUUGUUACUCUCGCCGUCACCGGGUUCGCUCCGGUCGUGCAGUUGAAUUACACACGGGGAGCAGCUUGGACCUUUUACUUCUAUGCGCCAGUGACGAAGAGUGUGAUGGUAUAUCUUACAGGAGCCAUCAUCUAUGCAAGUCAGAUCCCCGAGAAGUGGUCGCCUGGCUUGUUUGAUUAUGUAGGGGGCAGCCACAACAUCUGGCACCUUGCAGUCUUGGGCGGGAUUCUGUUUCACUAUAUGGCUAUGGAGGAAUUUUUCCAAGGAGCAUUUCAAAGAGCGAGCGACGGUUGUUGCUUGGGGUGA